AUUUGAAAUGUCAUAACAUAACCCCACAUAAAUGUGUAUGAUGAAGUAUUUUGUCAUUGAACACCGUUAUGUUUUUUGGGUUUAGUAAAUUACUAAAAAUUUCAUAUACCUUACAAUUAAGAAAAUAUAUUCAUAAAUACCUUUUUAAUAUGGAAACAGCCUAUAUACGACAUUUAGAUAAUGGGGAUCAAUUUGAGAUGGCUUUUAAGUAUUCUAAUGAUGAUCUUCGAAUAAAUAGACAAUUCAAUUUUAACAGAAGGCUUUCAGAAAGUAUAGAGAGCUUUACUAAUAGGGUUGCACAGAACGUUGAGAAGACUUUAAACAAGAAAAAUAAAAAACGGAAGAAAGAAGAUACCACUGAUGUAGGCACUAAAAUAUGUGUAAUGCUGUUACUUAACAAUGUUGAAGUUAAAAAAGAUGUAGAAUGUAAAGAAGUGCUCCAGCCUGGUAAUGACAUUACAUUGAAAGUUAUGGAUAAACAAUUUAAAGUAAUUGUUAACUCACCGUGGAUUGUUAAUUUUGCUCUGCCAGUUUCAAUUCUUGCAGGUUUUCCUACAUAUCCUGCCAAGUUUGAAACUGUGUAUACUGAUAAAAACAUAUCUAAAUUUAUAUGGUCAAAAUCAAUAGAUGAAAAAAAUUGGUUAAUUAUUGGGCAUGAUUUUAUGUAUACUCCCUCUAAUGACGACAUUAAUAACUACUUAAAAUUAUCCUGUAUACCAAAAAAUGAACAAUUUGAAGGACCAACUGUUGAAUGUUUAUCAGUUUGUCGUGUCGAGGCAAGCCCUGGUCAGUGUCCUUUUGAAACACGACAUCUCUUUACAGAAUUAAGGACUACAGAAAACGAAUUAAGAGUUGUAACAUAUAACAUAUUGGCUGAUUUAUAUUGUAACUCAGAUUAUGCUAGAACAGUGUUACAUCCUUAUUGCCCUCCCUAUGCUUUGGAAAUUGAUUAUCGAAAACAGCUAAUCAUAAAAGAAAUUCUAGGUUAUAAUUCUGAUAUCAUUUGUCUUCAAGAAGUAGACAAAAAAGUAUUUAAAUAUGACUUAGAACCAGUACUAGGCCAUUUGGGUUAUGGCAGUAAUUUUUAUACGAAAGGAAAUGAAGUAGCUGAAGGUUUGGCUAUGUUUUAUUACAAAAAACAUUUUAACUUAUUAGAAUCCCACAGAUUAGUCUUUUCAGAACACAUAGCUACCGACGCUAUAUUUGCUGAUAUAUGGAUGAAAAUAUCUAAAAAUGAAAAUCUCGCGAAAAGGAUUUUAGAUAGAUCUACCACUCUUCAAAUUAACGUAUUAGAAUUAUUGAAUCGUGAUGAAAUAUUAGUUGUAGCUAAUACUCAUUUAUAUUUUCAUCCAGAUGCUGAUCAUAUUAGAUUAAUACAUGGUGGUCUUGCUAUCAGAUAUUUGGAGCACUUUAUUGACAUGUUGAAAACAAAGACGUCAAAGAGGGUUUCUUUAAUUUUUUGUGGCGACUUUAAUAGCGUGCCAAGCUGUGGAAUAUACAAAUUAUAUACAGAAGGAGAGGUACCAAAAGAUUUUGUUGACUAUCAAAGCAAUACAGACGAAAUCGUGCAAGAUUUAGAACUAAAACAAGAGUUUAAACUAGCUAGUGCUUGCGGAACUCCCAAGUACACAAACUACACUGUUGGAUUUGCAGACUGUUUGGAUUAUAUUUAUUACCAAAAGGACCAUUUCGAGGUGUCCCAAAUAGUACCAUUACCAACUCAUGAAGAAGUUAUUGCUAAUACUGCAUUACCUAGUGUAGUUUUUCCUUCCGAUCAUAUAGCUUUAGUUUCAGACUUAAAAUGGUUAUGAUAUUAAGUUUCAGUAAACAUUUUAUAUAUAGAAACGUUAUUAUUAUUAUUAAUAAUAUAUAGAGUAAAUAAAUAUACGAUAUAUUUAA